GACAGCAGCUGUGCGAAAUCUCAUGAUGAUCAUUGUUCCAUAAAUCUUUGAAAAGAGUAAUUUUUGAAAAUUAUUCAUUAUUGGAUCAUGUUGACCACAAUGGAUGCAAUAAAUGAUCAAAGCAGUAAUGAUGCAUCAAAUCCAAUGAAAUCUGAUUAUGUUGGUUUUCAAAAUGAGGAUAGUAAUCUAGUUUCUAGUGAAUCAAAUGACAAAUGUGGUAUGGAUGAGAAUUCAAUCAACAAUAACAACAAUAAAAUGUUUUAUUUGCCACCAAAAAAUUGCUAUUGUGGUCGAGAUCGUGAUCUAGGCAAAGUAGAAUUCCUUUGCGCCAAAUGUAUGAAAUGGUUUCAUGAAUGUUGUGUCAAUCUUGGAUUUACUCAUCGUUUAAUCCCGUUUUUGACUACUUACGUAUUUUUCUGUCAAAAAUGCUCGCCAAAUAAUAUGGAAUCUUUUAAACGAACUCCAACAAAUUUUUCUCAGAUUUGUCAAACAGCAAUAGCCAAUUUAAUACAUGCCCAUUCAUCUGAAGAGAAGAUAGCAUUUUCCAAAGACAAAGAAAUUAUUCCUUUCAUCGAUGUUAAUUGGAAUAUUCUGGCUAAUAAACCAAAGCCACAAAAGAAUACUUGGCAUUCAUCAGUGGCAAAAACAAUGCAAAAAGAUAACGACACAUUUGUAUGUAAUGAUGAUCAGAACAAUUUGCAUGUCACACUUCGAGAUCGUGAUCUUAGCCGUAUUGCUCCUAACUAUGAAAAUCUGAAAAACCUUAAGGAACUUAAUGGUGGACAAAAUGCCAACGCCAAUAUAAGUUCCCGUUCAUUGCGCGGUAUGAAAAAAAGAACCGGUCAGUUGGAAGUUGGAAAUGAAAUGAUACUUACAAAUAAACGACAAAAAUCUGAACUUUCCAUACCGAAGUUACCAGCAAGUGGAUUCCCCUCCGAAUUUCUUUUCAACAAAGAAGGAUUUCGUUACAUAUUAGCUGAACCUGACGAUAAUGCACCAUCACGUAAAGAAUUUGAUGAAAGACACGAAUUUGCUGGUAAGCAAAUACCAGGUUUUUUGUGUAGAAAGUUGAUGCCAGAAAAUAUUUUACUAUCAAUGAAUGAUCGAGCUCAUUACUUAAAAAUAUCAGAAGAUCGUAAAACUGUGACGGGUGAAAAAGGUUAUAGUUCCAUACGAGCAACAUAUGGUGUAUCACAUGGAACUUGGUAUUAUGAGACACGAAUUAUCGAUAAGCCCGAAGAUAGUGCCUGUCGGAUAGGAUGGGCACAAGAAUUGGCACAGUUGUUUACACCUAUCGGCUAUGAUAAGUUUGGCUAUUCUUGUAGAUCACUGAAGGGUACAAAAUUUCAUGAAAGUAUUGGAAAACACUAUAUGGACGGCGGAUACGAUAUAGGAGAUGUCAUUGGCUGUUUAAUUCAUCUACCUCGACCAAAAGAUGUGACCAGCGCAAUCAGCAUGCUGCCUAAAACAUAUAAAGAUAAACCUUUAUUCAAAUUUAAAUCAUUUUUAUAUUUUCAGGAAAAAGAUGAACCUAUACGUGAAGCUGUAGCUAAAUUGAAACCAUUUAAAGGAGCCAAAAUUGUCUACUUUAGAAAUGGACAAAAAAUAGGUGUUGCAUUCGACAAUAUAUACAGUGGCCUUUAUUAUCCAGCAGCUAGUUUGUUCAAAAAUAUUUCAGUUAAUUUCAAUUUCGGUCCUCACUUUCAAUGUCCACCGGAUGGUGAUGCGGAAUUCGGGCAAUUCUAUCGACCAAUGAGUGACGUCGUUUUCGAUACCCAAAUCGAACAAACAUUAGCCGAUGUCAUAUAUCUGGUAGAAAAUGAAGGCAAGCUUAGCCUGGAUGUAUUUUAUCAGAAUUAGUCUCAGCUUUUGAAGAGAAAUUCUUCGAUUUGUAAUAUUUUUUUGGAACAUUUUUGUACAAAGAUUCCAUCCAAUCUAUCUGAUUGAAAAGAACUUGGCGUAAACAUUCAAUAUA